AUGGCGGGUGGAAUCUCAGUUGCUACUCUUAAAGAGUGUUUCAUGCUUCUAGCGGAGUUAAAUAGAAGGGAAGGAAUACGGCUGCAAGGUCAGGUUGCGCAUCAAAUGGCCACUCGUGUUGCCACACUUUAUAAUAGCCAUGGGUUUGAAUGGCAGUUGCAGCUUCCACUGAACACGUUCCUCAGGAAAGUGUCAGAGCUCCGUAUUAAAUUGUGCAAACAAUUACCUCGACCUAAGGUUGUCAUCAGCGGUCAAAAUCUGAGUAUUUUCGUCGAUUCACUUAUAGAAUGCAUCCCCCAGUUUCUUGCUGCGAUGUAUUAUUUGCUUUAUCGUGUUGAUGCUAAGUAUGUUUCAGUGGGCGGCGGAAGUUGGGCAAAUUUAUACGCCGGCUACUAUAGCUACGGGCAUGAUGAGCUAAAUACGUAUCUCUAUACAAGAGCCAGUGGUAAUAAGUAUGGAGUAAUCCCCGGUGGAUUUAAUUUUGGCGAUAUAGAAUCAUGGGAUUAUAAAGCAAAGGAAUGGAACGAAGGUAAAAAUUUGGUGAAGCACAUAAAAGGAAUUUUAGAUAGCAAAGGCAACAUACAUUUUCGCAAUGUACUGUUCUUGUCCUUUAAUGGGAGAUCAGAGGCUGUGUAUACGGGCAAUGCUCUCGGAGUUAUUUAUGUAUUUUGUCAAGUGGUGGUAAACGAUUCUAAAGGAGAAGUCAAAAAGGGAUUGGAAGAUCACGUCAAGCGUUUGAAUCCAGCACGUUGUUUAGACUGGCCGAACGUAAAAGUAGUUUGCUCCAAUCUGAAGUCUAUUUACGAUGGUUUGAUUACGAAAGGUCCUUUCAACACAAUUGGAGAGCCUGCAGAUAUUGCACACCUCAACCAUACGACGUUCGCAGAGACAUUUGCUAAUUGGUACGCGAAUGAAUCUGCGAGUUUUUUGGGAUGUGUGAAGAGUAUGCAUUCCUGGGUUACCACCGGUUCGUACAGUUCCCAAUCAUUUGUGGAGAAAUUUCUUUUCCCUAGGGGUUUUGUUUUCAGAGAGGAUAAGCUGAAACAGGCAUCCAACGCUCUGAACCAACAUACAUGGGUGGAAACGCUUGUAAAUCUCGUUGAUAAAGAAAACGGUUUGCUAAAACUUAAAGAACUUUUGGAAGGUUGCAACUGUGUACAAAAAGCAGCGAACAACCCCGACGUAACUUCAAACCAGGACAAGAAAGCCGCCGGACUUUCACCUCAUGAUACCCACAGUGAGAGCGGGUCUCCUCCCGCAUCAGUUGCACAAUUUAUUUCACCUUCGCCCCCCGGAGAGAAAAGACAAACGGUCGCGCAAGGGUCUACUGGUCAACUGGGUCCAGAAUUGAAGGUAGAGAACGGCCUGUCAGGACGUACUGGUCAACUAACUCCAGUGUCUUCUAAGUCUCGGGUGUCAGAACAACAACCAUUUGUUCAGACUUCACCUGUGCUGCAGCCAGUGUCUCCCCCCAGUGCUCCUCGAGCCUCUGUCGUUGAAAGUAAACCAAGUGCCCGUGAUGUCAGUGUAACGGUCAACGCGCCACAAGUUCUAGAGCCUAUUGCCACUCAAGAUCUUGCGUUCACCAAGUUUCAAAUUCAGUCGGGUCCCGCUUCACAGUCAUCUGGUUCCUCUAGUCCCAACAGUGGUCAGGGAGAUUUUAAACACAGUCAACAAAGCGGACGAAGUUCUACCACCAAACCAGACUCCUUCACUAAUACGACAGCACCUAGCCAGGGUGCUGUUGUUGGAAGCAGUGGGGAGGCAGGGGAUACGGAUGUCAAAUCCCAGGACGGUUUAAAUUCUACUCAACCUCCUGCGCAAUCUCAUACUCCAAGUGAUCCAAACGCAGUCUCUGCAGCGCCUCUUGACGAUAGUUCACAGGUUGUUCCGACCCUUAGUCUCCGAUCGUCAUCGCAAGAAGAUUCCCAUGGUCACGCUGCAGGUACAAGCGACAAUAGCUCUGCAACGGUUUCGGGAAAUCAAAGCUCAGAUCUGUUCAAUACGGCUGAUGCUGCAGCAACAGAAGCCCAACAAAGUGUUGAAAAUCAGGAUAAUGGCUCUGUACAUCAGCCAGGUCCGACACCGCCUGUUCAUGCAUCCCAACCUCCAGCCUCUUCCACCAGUCCGCCCGGACCCACUGGCCCUGGCAGUAUGGCAGGUGAUAGGAUUACGGGUCUACCACCCGUUUUUUCUGAAGGUCACGACUCUGCGGCCUCCGCACCUAAUGUGCUUCAUCAGCCUCCAAGUGCUUCAGGUACAGGCCUUCCGUCAUCUGGUCCACCUGGUCUCGGUAGUGGGUCUAACCUACGUGGCCCGGGGUAUAGAUCCGAAUCUAUUCAACGAAAUGAUCAAAGGAAGUCGACAGAUCGAGUGUCCGAUACAGAGGGGCACGCUACCCAAGUUCCUGGUCUAAGUGGCGAUGUGGGCAUUGGAGGAGGUGGGGGUCAGCAAGAGGGGCAAGAUAGUGUUACUCACGAACAAGAACUUGGUUCCUCUGCAAGUGCUAAACUUCAAACACGUCAAGUCGAAAGUUUAGGCUCCGAACGAUCUCACUCCGCUGCGGAGGCCGGUAACCUGAGGCAUAAUGAUUCGGGGCUUCCGCCUAACUCUGGUAUAGUGACUACCCAAACACAUGUGCCCAACCAAGACACUGUUCCACCUACAUCUUCUGUUGUGGAGCCUGGCCAAGAGAGCGGUGGAGGUAGCGGGGGUAAUGGACUUGACGAUUCACAUGACAAUCUUCCAUCACAUCAACAGCUUGUUACCUUUUCAACUUCUGCGUUUCCUUCGUCUGUAGAUGUUAAAAUUCAAGACCCUCCUCCAUCUGUUCUCCAUCCUUCCGAUGGUUCUGAGGGCACCGGUGACCAUACGUCAUCUUCCACUACUGAACGAAACUCACGGGUCGUACAGCUUUCUAGAAUCUCCCAGACACCUGUGAAUCCUGCCACUAUGACUAGUGAAGAUGAUGAAAUUAACGGAGGGGGUGGCGAUUUGUCAAUGGUCCAGGCUGCGGACGCAAUGAACCAGGUUUCUACAGGUCAAGAUCAUGACGCAUUGCAAGCGCCUGGACGCCAAAUUCCGGACGUUUCGACUUCAGAAUCUUCGCAGUCUUCCACCACUAACUCAAGCAAAGGCGUAACGCAGUUUUCUAGAACCUUACAUACUACUGUGAAUCUUGAUUCCCUGGGUAGUGAUACAGAGCAGGAUGAAGACACUGGAGGGGGUGAUGACGAUUCAGAUGACGGGGAUGCUGGGACUGAUCUACACGGUUCUCAGAGUGAAGAUGUUUCGGUUCCGAGGGGUGUGGGAAAUACAGGUUCGCCAAUGUCUAAGUAUACCGUGACUCCGAAGCCUGGAGAUCCUAUACAAGGCCCACAGGACAAUAUUCAGUCCGGUUCUUUUAUAGGCAGUGCAGAUCCUCAGGCUGUGAGUAUUCAGCAUCCGAACCCUCAGUCAAGUAGCACUCUUACUUCGAGUAGAAGUCCAGACGUGGUAUAUCCGGCGCCUCCUGUCUCCGACCCACCAACGACGCCUACCUCCAAGCACGUACCUGCAUCCCCUGUCUCCGAUGUUGGUGCAAAUAUCGACGAUAAUCAGGGCACAGUUGGUGGUUGGAAUAACCAGGGCCUCAGAGCUAACGCCGGAAGUUUCGGUAUGCCGUCAACUGGCGUGUCACGCGGUACAGUUGGGGGUAGUUCUUCAUCAGGAGCUGGGGCGGGAUAUCUUAUUCGUAGUAGUCAGCAGGCAGGAGUUUCUGAUCUGAGCCCUUCUAACACAUCUGCAAAUUUAGGCAGCUAUGCGUCCCCUCAAUUACAACCAAAGUUGGCUAAUCCGGCUCGUACCAUCUUUACGUUUAAGGAAACCACCGACGAUCAGAUUUGGGAUGAAAUCAAGAAAGAAACAUUGCCAAUGUAUUUACUUACAGAUUCUACAACACCUCAUACUCAUCAUGCUUCUAUCGCCCGUUCUCACUCUGGCCAUCAUCGUCCCGAAACUUCACGUCGGCCCAACGGCGGUCGUACAGUUACUGGCAGGCAAAACUACGGUACACAGGCGAAUAAUGGACGGUGGUAUAGUAGUCAUCUUUCACAUAAUGAUUUUAUGAAUCUUAGAUUUGACAUAGAUGGUGCGGAGGUGGAAGACGAUUCCGAUAUCAGGAUGCAGGCAAAAGUAGAUCGCAUACUAACUGAUAAUGCAGUGUAUAAGGACUUGCUUCGUUUAAUAGCACACCAAAACAAUGAAGAUAAAGAAAGGCGCCAGAAAGAAGCUGAGGAGAAUUAUAAAAAGGAUCUUCAACGUUUUGAAGAACGGAGGGAUAAGAGCAUACUCGACUCCGUGGAAGAGGCGUUAGUCCCAAUUGAGCGGAAAAAGAAUCCAUUGUAUUAUGAUGUGCCGCAGAUACAACUAACCGUACGAACGCCAGAAACGGUAUUUCCCAUCAUCGAUCUAAUGUCAUUUGACCAAAACCCAAUCGAGGAUAGCUUCGGCGUCUACAAUAUGUAUACUAACGAAAUCAAUCUUUCAUCGAUUCCCACAGUACACAUAGGACAUCCCAUACGAAAAGACCUCGUAUUAGAACCCCAGGAUCUACAACCACCGAGGAGUCCCGCAGCCGAUCUCAUUAUUGACGUCCCUAAGCGCACACUUCCGGAAUCCGUGCCUGACCUUGAUUUGCGUGUCGAUUCUCUACCUCGUCAAAGUGCCUCACCACAUCAACCUUUCCCCCUAUUCAAUCCCGCCUUAACGGUUGAUAUUGAAGUAUCGGAAAUUUCGCAGCACGCGCUGUUACCGACGGACUCCGAUACAGAUGUUUACAAGACUCCGGCAUUAGACUUCUGUGUACCUAUGUGGACGAGCCAGACACCGAAUGACAAUCUUGAAGAAACACCAGAGAUUGAGUUGUUCACCGCGGAGCCGCCGUGCACCGUCCGGGAUAUGCUUCGGUGGCUGGCCGGGAUUCGAAGGCCGAAACACCUUGAAGUUCUGGAGAAAUGCAUUAACCGUGCUCUCGGGAAAGUGCCGGACGUCAUACCUGGAAAUCCUACACUCUGUGUCAGCAAUACCAAACUGAAAUCUGAGGAUGUAAUUAAGGCUUUGAAACUUGCCUCCAUUUUUUCAAGUUCCGUGCUCUCUGCCAUUGAGCCGGACUGGAAGCAAAAGUCAUCGAGGUCUGGCACUGUUAAACGUAUGCAUACCGAUCACGAUCAAGACCCCGAUGGAUGUGCUCUGCUAUGCUGCCUGCAGGACUACGUCUACGCGUGCUAUCACCAGUUGGCGUUUCUGCGUUCGCAGUGCGCUGGCGAUAAAUUCCGUGGUGGUUGGAUGGGUUGUCAGUUUGGACGGGAUGUCACCGCUGACUCCCCCCUGCAGGCUUUUCUGACUGACGCCUACUACUCCAGGUUCAAGACGCACUUCUUCGACCCGUGUGACGUCUGCCUCAAGAGCCGUAUCAGGAUGGGAUUCAGGAAGGGCGAUUUCUCUAAGAGCCCCAAAGAUGCCAGCUACUUCUAUUACCUCCUGUCGCCAUCCUGCAGCGGCGAUGAUGACCCCUUGAUGACGUUGUCUUCUUAUCUCAACUGUCUAACCAGGAGGACGCCACGCACAACCGGGGAGGUCGUCUCUUUUUUCCAGCAUUUCGGUAGUGAGCUGCAUAAGGAUGGUAUAGGAAUCUUGUCCGACAUGGGAACUGCCCUGUCCACUCCAUAUCCCAACUGCGCUGAAUGGGACCAUCUUGGUCGCCACGACUUGGACGCUGUCCGUGGCAUACGGGUUUCCGAGUCUCCUAUCUCCAAACACGACAAUGACCACGCCGGGACCCUAUCCACACUGGUGGGCUGCGACACAACCAAUGUGCAGUGCACAAAACUGCUGUCGCCCAUCACGCACCGGGCUUACGCAAUGUACUCGCCGUGCUUCGUCCACACCUACUUGAGCUGGGCGGUCUACCUGGCCGACACACUCCGCGAGUCACUCGACAGGUUGCGUUACGAUUUCACUAGGCACAACGUUUCCAAGUGCGGAUCAAUUCAUCACUGCCACGACGCCCUGCCCUACCUCUACUUUCACGGGUUCACGCCGCCGGAGGGCACACCAAGUUCAUCACUCACGUGUUCACAGGUCAUCACCAAGCUGAAGGAAGUGGUAAACGGUGGGCCAAUCGCAAAGCUCAUCAACUGCAUGGACGACUUCUUAUACAGGGUUCGGUGGCCAUUCAUCUACACGGUCAUCACGCUGUGGUCCACCGCAUUCCUCUUGUUCGCCCACACGGCGCUAUACCGCCUGGACGUGCUGCGCAUACAAUCUCACUUCAUGCGCUCCAGGGGAUCUCACGUCAUCGAUGUCAAGGCGUUACUCACGGACGGCACGAAGAUGCCCUCGCUCUACGACAUCGAUUACUUCGACGACGAAGCACUCGCUCACGCGUGGAACAGAAUUUAUUAA